UGCCUGUCAGAUGUAGGCCCCAUUUUGAGCGUGGAGCUGCCUCGAGCAAGCAAGUGAGCAAGGGAGCUGCCUCUCCUCGCCCAUGGUUCGCUGGCUAGGCCUGGGGCACCACCUGAACACCAUCCUUAACCCCGCAGGUGCCUCCAGCAUGGCAGCAGCCGAAGUGCCCAGCUACCUUGUGUCUCCUCAGACAGAGAAGCACCGGCGGGCCCGCAACUGGACGGAUGCAGAGAUGCGCGGCCUUAUGCUGGUCUGGGAGGAAUUCUUCGAUGAGCUCAAGCAGACCAAGCGCAAUGCCAAGGUGUAUGAGAAGAUGGCCAGCAAGCUCUUCGAGAUGACUGGUGAGCGCCGUCUGGGAGAAGAGAUCAAGAUCAAAAUCACCAACAUGACCUUCCAGUACAGGAAAUUAAAAUGCAUGACAGAUAGCGAGUCCGUCCCGCCGGACUGGCCCUAUUACCUAGCCAUUGAUAGGAUUCUGGCCAAGGUCCCUGAGUCCUGUGAGGGCAAACUGCCGGAUGGCCAGCAGCCGGGGCCCUCUACAUCCCAGACCGAGGCGUCUCUGUCACCGUCCGCUAAGUCCACCCCUCUGUACUUACCGUAUACCCAGUGCUCCUAUGAAGGCCGCUUCGAGGACGAUCGCUCCGACAGCUCCUCCAGCUUACUGUCCCUUAAGUUCAGAUCAGAGGAGCGGCCAGUGAAGAAGCGCAAGGUGCAGAGCUGCCACCUGCAGAAGAAGAAGCUCAGGCUGCUGGAGGCCAUGCUGGAGGAGCAACGCCGGCUGAGCCGUGCCAUGGAGGAGACCUGUCGCGAGGUGCGCCGUGUGUUGGACCAGCAGAACAUCCUGCAGGUUCAGAGCCUGCAGCUACAGGAGCGCAUGAUGAGCCUGCUGGAGAAGAUCAUCGCCAAAUCCAACGUCUAGCCUCAGGGCAGGUGACUGGGCAUAGCACUGGCCCAUCUGUGGGAUCACCUGGGCAUAGGGCUCCACUCACCUAGGCAGAGUCCUGGAGAGGGAGUGGGCUUUAGCCUGGCCUCUGUGGGCUGCUCCUGACAGGAAUGUCCCUUCUGAAAGGGCUUUCCAGGACUCCACAGGUCUAAGGAGACCAUAAGACCUCUGUCUCCAACCUUAAAGCCCUUCCUCAGACACGGGGGACUCCAGGGCCACUCCUUAGUAAGAAUGUCCUAGAGUCCACUCUCCAGUAUAGUUACAUCAAUGAUACUUGAAAUGACUUUUGAUAUUAAAUAUGUACUUUGCAUUACAGCCUGGAA